CUGCUUCCUCAUUUCAAUAUUAACUGUUUAUCAGAAGAGAAACAGGUUUGGGGCUAGGGCUGAGUGUUUUGUUUAUUUUUUUGGUUAGUGAGGUUUUUUUCUCUUCACAGUAGCAGAUGGAGCUUCCUCAAACUGCCCAGUGCUGUUUUUCAUUUUAAAAGAGACAGGACUGUGGAAGUGUUUCACUUUCUGCUCUAGCUGGUGUAUUGUAACAGCAGCAAAGCCGAGUGCCGCUGCUACUCUGCUCUCAGAGCAAACCUGUUAAAGGAUUUUUCUCCCCCUCGAUAAAUCAAUAGGCAUGACACAGCUGCAGUUCAAAGAUGCAUUUUGGUGCAAGGAAUUCACUGUCCACUCUGGCUAUGAGGUGCUUCUCCAGCGAAUGUUGGAUGGGAGAAAGAUGGCAAAAGAUGUGGAGGACUUGCUCAAACAGAGGGCACAAGCAGAAGAGAGAUAUGGGAAAGAGCUGGUUCAAAUUGCUCGAAAAGCAGGAGGACAAACCGAAAUUAACACUCUGAAGGCAGCAUUCGAGGUCCUAAAGCAACAAAUUGAAAAUGUUGGAAACUCUCAUAUCCAACUGGCAUUGAUGCUGAAGGAUGAACUGAAAGGAAUAGAGGAGUUCAGAGAAAGACAGAAGGAGCAACGAAAAAAGUAUGAGACUGCAAUGGAUCGUGUGCAAAAGAGCAAGGUGUCCCUUUAUAAGAAAACUAUGGAGUCAAAGAAGACCUACGAGCAGAAGUGCAGGGAUGCAGAUGAGGCUGAGCAGGCCUCCGAGAGGAUAAGCACUUCAGGCAACCAAAAGCAAACAGAAAAGAGUCAGAACAAAGCCAAGCAAUGCAAAGACACAGCAAAUGAAGCAGAAAGGGUGUACAAGCAGUAUAUAGAACAGCUGGAUAAGGCCAGAAUAGAGUGGGAGAAGGAACAUAUCAGCACCUGUGAGGCCUUUCAGCUCCAGGAAUGUGAUCGUAUCACCAUCCUCCGGAACUCCCUUUGGGUUCACUGUAACCAGUUGUCCAUGCAGUGUGUGAAGGAUGAUGAGAUGUAUGAAGAGGUUCGAGUGAGCUUGGAGAACUGUAACAUAGAAUCUGACAUGGAUUACUUUAUUAAGAAUAAAAUGACAGGAACAGAUCCACCAGUUCCAAUAGGAUAUGAGAAUUAUUAUGCCAGAGAAUCUCCUAGAUAUAGUAACAGUCCAGUCCAGUCCUGUGGGAUGAUGAAAAGAUUCUCUGGAUUGUUACAUGGAAAUAGCAGAAACUCCAGUGAAACCAUCAUUCCCACAGCCCCUCCUAUAGACGAGAAAGUGGAUGGGGUCUACGCCGCUAUUAAUGUGGGUGAACAAGCAGCAACCACACCAUCCCAGGACUACAGAGUGCUCUACGACUAUACAGCCCAGAACACCGAUGAACUGGACAUCAGUGCAGGAGACAUCAUAACAAUCAUCGCAGAAGGCGAGGAUGGCUGGUGGACAGCAGAAAGGAAUGGUCAGCAAGGAUUUGUACCAGGGUCUUACCUCGAAAAGCUUUGAUGAAAAGAUGCAUCUGCUUUAAGACCUUAAAAAUACCGUUUUCUCUAAAGUGGCACACAUGAUCAGCCAGUGUUCACCAAGAGGAGCCCAUAUCAUUGUCUUAUAAGGUUAUCACUUGGGACUAAACAAUUGUCUAUGCCUUUUUCUUCAGGCCUCCCUCCCCACUCUGGAGUCUUCCCAGAGACAAUACAGGUGUUCCCCUCUUACAAAGGCUUUUAUCCCUUUGACUGCUCCAUCAACAUUGCAUUGAAUACAUUCCCUCAGCACCUCAAAGUUAUGACAAGUAUGGAAAAAAAAUUUCUCUGCACAAAAAAAAAUUGCUUACAAAAAUGGAAGAUAAGAAAUGUCCCUCAGUAAGUCUAUAUCACCUCCUGACAGGCUUGGAGACACUCUUGUGCUAACAGUCAUAUUCUCUACCAAUUAAUUAUCUCUUUCUUUAUCUGCAUAAGUAGCAUAGGCAUCUUUGACAGAGGUGUGAAAUACGGGGAUGGUGGUGUGGGUAUGCUGUGCUCAGGAUGAAGACAUACCAGGGUCUAAGCUAUACAACGAGACAGAAGAUCACAUAGUCCCUCUCCCCAUCCCCAAAUGCAUGAAUGGGAGAAACGGGUAAGGAUUCCCCACCUAUUUUAUCAUCAGAGCGACUAGGACAAAUCAUAAAGAUGAAACGCUGCUUUAAAGAACAUUAAAAGGAUUGUGACAUGCAUUGAGCUAAAGAAGAAAAUGUAAGCCCUUCCACCCCACCACCAACUCCUCCUGCUAUAAAACCCCAAGUCCUCUACUGUUCCAUCCUGGUGUGGAAUCCAAAGGCAAAGAGAUCAGGAUAGACCCUGAUCCUGACCUUUGCUGGAAGUUGCCUUUUUUAAUGGCUUGUGUCAUAACCUUAAUAUGAUUUGUCAUGUUUAAAAAUAAGCUAAGUAAAGGCUUUCACUAGAGCUGUAUUACCCAGACUGACCUGUUGUGAGCUAAUCAGGGAGCUGCCAAUCUCUUGAUAACCUUACAUGUAAUUGGCCUAUACAUUACCUGAUUUAAUCUCCACCCUCCCAUCUCUCAGCCUACACGAUUUUCUCCUGACCCCCUUUCAGAUGCCCCUCCCCUAUGAUUUCCCAAUUAUCCCGAUAGCCUUCCUGCAGCCUCUGCACCUCUGAGAUCAUUGUCAUGGGUCUGUCCUGGUUCCUUUUCCCUGCCUCACAGUGCACUCACACUUUAUGAAAGUUCUCAUAAGCAAAGCUGGCUAUUUUGUACACCAUAGAAUAGGAAUGCUGUGGGGAAAUUGGUCUAUCAGGUGACUAGUAUUUAGAAAUACUUCCAAAAUCCACAGUAUUUACCCAGUAGAGACCAUAAGAUUCUCCUUCAGUAUUUAAUGACGCAAUACAAACCUGCAAGGAUUUGCUUGGGGGGGAAAAAAACAAACACUGCUUCCUAGAGACAGAAUGAACUAACUGCCAAAAUUUCAGAUUUUAAAAAUCUAAUCAAAAAGUCAAUUUAAAGCACAAAUAAUCACCAUUAACAGGUAAAUCUUUUAAGUGAGGAGGCAUUGUGGGUGUGGAGUGAGGAUUUUAAAGCCAGAAAGAAAUCUAUAAGGACUGUUCCACCAUUUUAGUCAACAGGAUUGUAGCAUAUUAAUGAACUAGAGUCAAUCCAUAGAAACCCAUAGCAGAUUUUAUUCAGUUUUGUGCUGAGAAACCAAGUAGUGCAGCCCUUUUGGGGAUCCUCUCUUGCACACACAUUCCCCCUCACUUGUCGCCCCUUGCACUUCCCCCUCUGAGGAAGGCUUCUCUACAAUUCGGCCCCCCGCUCCUAGACCUGGUACACAGUACGUCUAGAAGUGCCUUGAAUAGGCGCUUACAGUUUCAUUUUAACAUAGAAACCAAAGAGAUGAAGUGAUAGGCUGUUUCCCAGGGCUGGCUGUGCAAAGGCAGAGCAUGAGUGACUAUGACAACUUCUCUGUGGGGCAGGGAUUAUCUUUCUUCUGCUUGUCCCUGAUCAGGGCUUCUGAGCGCUACCACAGUAUAAAUGGUAACAAUAAAGUGCUCCUUACAGCUUGCCAAUGCCCAGGACAGCCCUGUGUGGCCAGAUCUGAAUUUUAUAACCCAAGAAUCAUGGAGAGCAAUAGGCCACAACUAGGGCCUGUACCAUAUGCCAGUCGACACCUGCAAUGUGGCUA